AUGUCUCUCAAAUUCUUCAAACCCCUUUUUGAUUCUUCCCCAUGGCUCCUUCAACAACUCAAUGUUGAGCAAAAGGCUGUAUUUUUCUCCUUUUUUCUUAUUUUUUUAGCCUUACUUUGGGGUUUCAUCAGUAACUCAAACAAGGGAUUGCCACCAGGGCCUAAAGCUUUGCCCUUGAUAGGUAAUCUCCAUUCUCUUGAACCUGAACUUCAUACCUAUUUUGCAUCUCUUUCACAAACUUAUGGCCCCAUUUGUAGACUCUGGUUUGGUAAAAAAGUUGGGAUUAUUAUUACUUCACCAGCCUUAGCUCGCGAGGUUCUUAAGGAUAAAGAUACCAUUUUUGCUAACAGAGAUGUGACUGCUGCUGGAAGAGAAUUUUCAUAUGGUGUCAAUGACAUACUUUGGACUCCUUAUGGACCGAAAUGGCGAAUGUUGAGGAAGGCAGGAUCGCCUGUGAAUGUUGGUGAACAGAUGUUCUUGACUGUGCUUAAUGUGAUUACAAGCAUGUUAUGGGGUGGCACAGUGAAGGGUGAGGAAAGAGCUAGCCUUGGAGCUGAAUUUAGGCAUGUUGUGACUGAGAUAGCUGCACUGUGCAGUAUUCCCAAUCUUUCCGAUUUUUACCCGGGCUUGGCCUGGUUUGAUUUCCAGGGUAUUACAAAGAAGAUGAAGGUGUUGGCAAAGAGAUUUGAUGAGAUAUUUGAGAGCAUAAUUGAUCAAAAACAAAAAUUGGACAGAAAUGGUGUUGGCCAAGAAAGCAAAGACUUUUUGCAAGUUUUGCUGAAGUUGAAAGAUGAAGCAGAUGUCAAAAUACCUCUAACCAUGACUGAAAUCAAAGCCUUACUUAUGGUAUGUUUAUCAGUUGUGCAUUCUACUAAAUUUGCUUUUUCCAAAAAGAAAUCUUCCUCUCCCCAGUUAUCACUGCAUUAUUAUUGA